AUGGCAACUCAGCAGGAGUCCACAGAUGAGAAUGCCUGGCAGGGCAUUGACAAGACUGUUGAUGACCCAGAGGAGGCCAGAGUCAUGUUCUGUGCUCUUGACUCUUUCAUGCAGUACGGAAAGGUUGCCCACUUCAACUGCACCCAUCUGCGCCGACAGUCUUUUUACGCCCUGCCCGAGGCUCACUGGAAGAUGCUCGCCGCUCCCCCUUUCAACUAUCUCGAGACCCUGGACAAGGUCGACGCGGCUAUUGACUCCAAUGCCGAGCUUGCCCGGAACAUCGCCAAGCACGGAAUGCGGAGCUUCCAGGUCUACGAGUCCAACGGGGAGGGUGACUUCCAGAUGCCCGAGCAGUGGGCUGGCGUCGCUAAGUACGGCGACAUCGACAAGGCGAGGAGCACCCUUCGUCAGUUCUACCGUGACUGGUCUGCUGAGGGUGCCGAGGAGCGUGAGGCCAGCUACGGUCCCAUCAAGCAAGCCCUGGCCGCCGAGCGCGCGAGCAAGCCUGAGGUUGAGCACCUCAAGGUCCUCGUCCCAGGCGCCGGCCUGGCCCGCCUCGUCUUCGAUCUGACCCUCAGUGGCUGCGAUGCCGAGGGCAACGAGAUCUCCUAUCACCAGCUCAUUGCCUCCUCCUACAUCCUCAACUUUGUCCAGUCCGCUGGCCAGCACACAAUCUACCCGUGGGUUCACACCUUCUCCAACCACAGCACCCGCGAGCGCCACCUGCAGGGCUACAAGAUCCCCGAUAUACACCCUGCCACGGCGAUGUCGGCAGCCCAGGAUGUCGGCUCCAUGUCCAUGUGCGCGGCGGAUUUCUUGUGUCUGUAUAGUGAUGCAGAGCACAACGACACCUACGACGCUGUGGCCUGUGUCUUCUUCCUUGACACGGCGCCCAACCUGAUCCGCUACCUCGAGACCAUCUACAGCUGUCUCAAGCCCGGCGGCGUUCUCAUCAACAUCGGCCCUCUCCUGUGGCACUUUGAGAACAACGCUCCUGGAAAUCACGGUCACGACGACGACGGCGAUGGCGAGCAUGACGCCAACAACUCGUCGGGGAUUGCGGAUCCGGGCAGUUUCGAGCUGUCUGCUGACGAGGUGAUGGCCCUCGUCAAGGGCGUCGGCUUCGUUGUCGAGAAGGUCGAGUCCAAUAUCAAGGCUCCGUACAUCCAGGACCAGCAGUCCAUGCUGCAGACCAUCUACUACGCCACCUUCUGGGUGGCUCGCAAGCCUGCUGUCUGA